AAGGAGGAACAGAAAGUGCGCCUUUGGAGACGGGAAGCUGCUCAGUCGUUUGGUGUGUGUGCGCACCUCCCCUCUCCAUAGUGCAGCGCGCCUCCUCUCGCUUUACGGAGCCUGUUUGCAAUUCCUGCUCUUCGUGCCAGAGCCUGCAGCUGUCUCUCUGUUGCGUCCCACCGCCGCUGUUGUGGGGAAAUCGUCGCUUCACAUGACGGACCGACGACGGACUUUGUCCCCCCUUGAGGUGUCCGCGCAAAACCGAAGGAUAUCGCAACUUUUUCAACAAUUUCCAACACUGUUCCGGAGACUGACUGAAGACACCUUACAGCCUGUAACGCCCCGUCCGCGUGUUGACUGAAAUCUUUGCAACUGUGAAGGCUAUAGGAAUGUGGGUUCCAAGUUUAUCGCAACGUAAAAGGACCUGCCUCUGCCCCUGACACCAUGACCACAGACUUGAACUUGACCUCUCUGCUGAAUGUAACAGAUCUCCACAACCACACAAGAGGAUGUUCCCUCACCAAAACCGGUUUCCAGUUCUACUACCUGCCCACCGUUUACAUCAUGGUUUUCAUGACCGGACUGGUGGGCAACAGCUUGGCCAUUUGGAUGUUCGUGUGCCACAUGAGACCCUGGAGCAGCAUCUCCGUCUACAUGUUCAACCUGGCUCUAGCUGACUUCUGCUACGUCCUCUCCCUGCCCUUCCUCAUCUUCUACUAUUUCAACAAAACAGACUGGAUAUUCGGGGAUGUUCUGUGCCGGCUGCAGCGCUUUAUAUUCCAUGUGAACCUCUAUGGGAGUAUUCUGUUUCUGACCUGCAUCAGUGUUCACAGGUACACCGGUGUGGUACACCCGCUCAAGUCUCUGGGGCGGCUGAAGAAGAAAAAUGCGGUUAUUACCAGUGCAUUGGUAUGGGUGGUGGUCGUAAUAGGUAUCCCCAUCCUGUAUUAUUCCAGGACUGGCUUGAAGCGUAAUGCCACUACUUGUUAUGACACCACCACUGAGGAUGAGCUACCAGGUUAUUUCAUCUACAGCAUGACUUUAACUGUGUUUGGGUUCUGUAUUCCCUUUAUUAUCAUAUUCUGUUGCUACGGCAUGAUCGUGAAAGCAUUAAUCUACAAUGACAUGAACAACGCACCCCUACGGCAGAAAUCCAUCCACUUGGUGAUCAUAGUGCUCGCAGUCUUUGCCGUCUCCUACCUGCCUUUCCAUGUGAUGAAGAACCUCAACAUGAGGGCCAGGCUGUACUUCCAGAGCCCUGACAUGUGCGAGUUUAACAACCGUGUCUACGCCACCUACCAGGUGACGCGGGGCUUGGCCAGCCUCAAUAGCUGCGUGGAUCCUAUUCUUUACUUCUUGGCUGGGGAUACCUUCAGGAGGAAGCUGUCACGGGCCACUAAAAAGCCCUCCAAGAAGGGGGACAAUGUCCUUCAGUCCAAGAGCGAGGAGACAGCGCUGAACAGCCUGGCGGAGUACGUGGAGAACGGCGACCGGAGGCUGUGACAGGGUAGAAUUCUAUCAGCUAUCGAAACCGUGAUGAACUGAGAAUGAGUCAAUGCACUGUGUGAACUGAAGACUGUAUGUAGAAACUGAUUGGAACUAGAACUGUAGGAUAAAUACUCCAUUUAACUCGGUGAUAACCAUCGCUUGCUUGCAGCCUGCCGAUGUUGAUAAGCUGUUGUACUGUAUCGUCCUGUAUUGUACUCUAAAUGUCAGAGCCAUCACUCUUGUCACCAUUCUUUCUUAGUCUGUGUUGCUUACACUUGGGACAAAAAAAAUGGACAUUAUGAUGAACGGGCUGAGGGAAAACAGGUCGUCCUACAGGCAAUAACGUCCUGUUCAUCAAUUUGUUCAGCAGAACGAGGACCAAGAAUGGAUAGCACCUUCUCUGGCUGCGAGCUGAUGUCUAAUCAAUAACUAUUAGGCAGGUGAGAGCUUGUGCCUAAGGAAGUGUACCUGAUGGCUUUUAGAGGAGAAAAGAAAAUGCACUGAACCUGAGAUUGCUGCGUGGAUGUGCCGUGCAGACAAAAUAAUGCACUAUGACCGGGGUCUCUCUGCUCAGAGGGCUACCUAUCACUCCCUAUUUCUUCCUCUAUCUAUUACUGACUGGGUGAGGAAUGUGUGGUUGACUAGUUUGUUUGUUUUUUCAUUUUGACAGCUCCGAGUUGAAAGUCUGCAGCGGCUCUGUUACCACAAUCUUUCUCUCCUUAACCUGUUCCCGAGAAGAUGAUCUUUACAGUAUUUUUUGUGCAUAUGAUGCUAGAAUUAACUUCUUUUUCGAGGUGUGCUGUACAGGAUAUUGUGACGUUCCAGACUAGUUUGUGUUAUUAACUUUCAGUAUCACUAAUCCAGACCUUCAGUGCAUGAGUCCAGAGUCAAAUCCAGUAUUAGUGAAAGAUUGACUCACCACGGCAGGUUCUAACUACUUUACUGCAACAUAGACAACAUUAGACACACUCACACACUCGGUCACCUGCUUUGUGACCCCAUCACCAUACUGAAGAUUUGUUCAUAUGAGAUACCUCAAAUUAAAUUGUGCACUGUGUCUGUGUUUUUGGCAGAGAAUCCUUUCUGUUUUGUAUCUGUUGUAAACAUUCUGGAGAAACGAUCGUGGAGCUCUCGAUAUAUAUAUAUAUUUUAUCCUGCUCUAAGUAGAUGUUUGAUGUCUGUACUAAUGCCUUUGUAAAUCUGUAAUGUGGUCGGCUGUACUUGUCAAGAAAGGAAGUAAAUCAGUUGUACAGGAUAUUUGGGGCCACAUGUAUCUUUGUCAAUAAAUUUUUAUAUUUAAAACAC